AUGGGGUCAUUUCCAUUGCAAAGCAGAGAGAGGCUUCUCUCGGGGAGAAGACGUUCAGAUUUCGGCUUCAAUGAUGAUGACUCAAGCUGGUGUUUCCGCUGGCUCACAAAACUGUACGAGAUGAGACAUUCUGAUCGUCGGAAGCUCUUCUUCGCCGUCAAGAUGGGAAUGGCUCUCUCCCUAAGCUCAUUCGUCAUCUUCCUCAAAGAACCGUUGCACGAUGCUAGUAAAUUCUCUGUGUGGGCCAUCCUUACUGUCGUCGUGGUUUUUGAGUACUCUGUAGGAGCAACUCUGGUCAAAGGAUUCAACAGAGCUAUAGGCACAUUCUCUGCUGGGGGACUUGCAGUAGGCAUUGCGAGGUUCUCUGUUUUAUCAGGAGACUUCAAGCAACUCAUCAUCAUCAUAUGCAUUUUCCUUGCAGGUUUCAGUGCUAGCUAUUUGAAACUCCACCCGGCCAUGAAGCCAUAUGAAUAUGCAUUCAGAGUGUUCUUGUUGACAUAUUGCAUCGUUUUGGUUUCGGGGAACAAAACCGGAGAUUUCUUCAGCACUGCGUAUUACAGGUUUUUGUUUAUUGCGCUUGGUGCAACAAUAUGUUUGAUUAUGAAUAUAUUCGUAUUUCCAACAUGGUCCGGGGAAGAUCUCCAUAAACUGGUGGCUACAAAUUUCAAGAGUGUUGCAAAUUCUCUAGAAGGAUGUGUUAAUGGUUACUUGCAAUGUGUGGAAUAUGAGAGAGUUCCCUCCAAGAUUCUCACGUACCAAGCUUCAGAUGAUCCAUUAUACAACGGGUAUAGAUCCGUUGUUCAAUCUACAAGUGAAGAAGAUUCUCUGCUUGAUUUUGCCAUAUGGGAGCCUCCACAUGGACCUUACAAAACAUUUAACCAUCCAUGGAAAAACUAUGUCAAACUUAGUGGUGCCCUAAGGCAUUGUGCUUUCACGGUCAUGGCAAUGCAUGGUUGCAUACUUUCAGAGAUACAAGCAGCUCCAGAGAAACGACAAGCUUUCCGUCACGAGAUUCAAAGAGUUGGCAAUGAAGGAGCAAAAGUUCUUCGUUUGAUAGGAGAAAAGGUGGAGAAAAUGGAGAAGCUAAGCCUUGGAGAGAUUCUAAAGGACGUUCGACGUGCAGCAGAGGAACUUCAGACGAAAAUAGACACUAAAUCAUAUCUUCUUGUAAAUUCAGAAAGCUGGGCGGCUAUUAAAGAUCAGCAAGCUGAAGCUGAAGAAGCUCAAGAAAACGAUCACGACGAGGCCAAAGUGAUCAAAUCCUUAAGUCAGAUUUGGGAUACAAACAGUAGCAACAAUCAGAAUCCAGCCAGUGGUAUAUGGAUAUCAACAGAGAGUAUGAUGUUAAGGAAUCGUGAGACGUGGCCAAGUGUGUCAUUCAUUGGUGGUUCUGUGGUGAAUGAGAUAGAAUGUAAAGUAUACGAAAGCGCAAGUUCUUUGUCUCUAGCUACGUUUGCUUCUCUUCUGAUUGAGUUUGUUGCAAGGCUGCAAAAUCUUGUGAAUGCCUUUGAGGAGCUUAGCACAAAAGCAGAAUUUAAAGAUCCGGUUUCUCUUAACGUAGUUGAUCAAAGUGGGGUUAUGGACAAGACUCAAGAGAUGCUUUAG